AUGACAGACAACUUGAGUUCUAACCGGGCCUAUGGCACUAACCACAGCCCUCACCAGAUCAUUCCGGAUUACAAUGACCGAUAUCAAAACACCUCUCGCUCAACUAUCAGGUGGGAUCCCAACCAAGUGUCCCAGGCACCAACCCAUCCUCAGAAUACUCAUCGCCCGACCUACGUUGACUCUGUUCCCCACGGAAACUUAAACGAUCAGUAUGCCAAUCAGCGGCAUGACACUGAUCCCCAGGGUACAUCGCAUCCUCAGAGCACGUAUGUUUCGACCUAUGACGACUCAAUGCCCCAGAAACCUCAGGAUCAGUACAUUAAUCAGUUGCUUUGCACUGACCCUAGAUUCAAUGUGUUGAACUCCCAGGAUCAGUACGCUGAUCAACCGCCUUAUGUUGACCCUGGUACACCACAUCUUCAAAGUAUGCAUGACUUGGUGUAUGUUGACUCGGGGGGCCACAUGAACCCUCACGACCAGUACACAGAUCAACUGUAUGACAUCGUUCCCCAGGGUCCACCACAUCCUCAGAACAUGCAUCACUCAACAUACAUCGGCUCUGUGCCCCACACGGACCCUGGCAAUCAGUACGCCAAUCAGCGGCACGACGCUGAUCCUCAGGGCAUAUUGCACCCUCAGAGCACACAUGUUUCAACCUACAAUGACUCGAGGCCCCACACGAACCCCCACGAUCAGUCUGCCAAUCAUUCUAACUUCUCUGACAACCAUCCUGGCCCUGGACAACUCAUAUCACUCUCGCAGACAACUCACUACCCGCCUGCCCAUGGAUUAGAUUACUACCACCGUGUUGGUAGCCCCUAUUAUCACGCUCCCCAUCCCGAAAUGUCUUAUGAACGACCUGACCCGUUAGCUCAGUCAUCCGACUGGAUGCAUAGUGUAUUUGAUGUGCAUAAUGCUAGUAACAGAGUCGAGGAAGGACCUUCAGUGGAUCUAGAGCCUGCCAGACAUCAACAUGAUUUCAACCGUUUACGCUACCACCGAACUUCGAAUUGGCACACUCCGUAUACCGUAUCUAAGAUACGCAACAACCAUCUCAUCCCUCGCAAUGUGGGGCAUGGUGAGGGCCCAUCUCACAGUGCGGCACAGAGUGUACUGCCUCUUGUGCUAGAUACCCAGCCUGUGACCAUGCCACCCCCCACACCAACAACACUGUCUCCCGCCAUCUCGAUUAUCUUCGGUCUCGCAGACCUACCUUCGUGCACUAUCUUCGCCAACUCUUUCUUCCUGGACACAGCCACUGUUGGGACGAUGGCAAAUGAGUGCAUGGAUGCCGUAGUAUUACAUGAUGACGAUCUUAUCGCCUGGUCCAAGACAUUGGGCGGUAAAUCAGAGGUGUCUAAACUCUCCAAAGCCUUUGGGAUGAUUAAGAAAAACAUACAAUUCCUCAGUUGUAGUGCGGUUCUUUGGGGAUAUGGUCUGCACUCCUUAUUGAUGGAAAAACCGAAGAAGGAAGUAAAAGAGUUUAUUCAAGGCACAAAAGUGGAAGUCACCUUCGGAAAUAUCACAAUUUGCAACUUUGUCCGACAGCUCCUCUUCCAUGACAGGAAGUAUGUAGAUUAUAUUGGGCAAGACCGGAACAUUCAGCAUCUGUUGAACUUUGUCGGCGUAGCGUUCAACUGGGUACUAGAUGAACUGUCGACCGGCGUGUUCAAGAUCCAGGAUUUAAAAAUGAACGAGAAGACGCUUAAUUAUUCCGAAGAGCUUGAAAAGCUAUUCAACACGAUGCCAAUAGAGCAUCGUAAUGCUCUAGGGUCCCAAGGGCAGGAGCUGCGCACCAAGGGUCCUAUUGGCCCUUUCCACAGCCACUGGCCCUGCUCCAUCAUGCUACGUAUCAUGCGGGCCAUGGAGCUUGCAGCAAUGGCACAACGUGCUAUAGACGCAUGCCCACAUCUCUCUGAACGAGAUAAAGAGCUGAAUCACAUUAGUUCUUGGCUUGAACUUGCUCAUAUUGCCGAAGAAGAAGCAGGCCUGCUUUCCAAUAAUCUCGUUGCCCACCGGAAAAUUUACCUUGAGCAGCAAGACUGGUUGCGGAACCACACAGAUUCCUUGCUACCUCGUAAACUUAAAUACAUGGUUGAUAAUGUCAUAUGCCGCAAAUUCUGGCAAACACAAUCAAAGAAAAAAUGUCCUACAUCGUCCAAACCAGUCCCACCCACAAUCACCAUUCCUGCAACUGCGCAGAUCCCAAACUCAUCCCUUGCACCCGCAUCACCCAUGCCGCUCAGUACUGGCAGUCAACCCCAAUGCCACAUCAUUUCGAGCAUUGAACCCCAGACGAGCAUCACUGUAAUGAUCACGCAAGAACCCAGUGCCAUCGAGUACCUUUGCAAAGAAGGAGGCUGCGAAGAGACGAUUAGGGGCGAAGAGAAGCAGAAAGAAUUGUUAGAGGAAGGGUUUCUUAUGAUGGAAGCAAGAACUCCACCUCCCUCGUAUCCAUCACCACCUACACAUGUGCAUGCUAGCACACAGACAGAGCCUGAAGAUACUCGAUCCGAGUCCCCACAAUGUGCAAUGCCUAUCAACUGGGCAGACAAAGUUGAUAGUACUUUGUUCACAUGA